CGUGUUGUGCACAUUGCCACUGUAGUGUAGGUGGAACAACUCGAUUUAUAAUUAUAAUAGUAAUUACAUCUUGUCUCUCUUCCUCCACCCACUCGCCUUUCUCUCUCCUGCCUUACUAUGUUCAGCUGGGUCUUGUUGGUGAGCGCGGCUCUCUUUCAAGGGAGCCAGGCUUUCACUGGCCUGCGAAUGAGAGUGGAGGCGGGUCAAAGUAUUGCAGUUCCAGAAGGUUGGACAGCAGAGAAAAAAGUCCAAGAAACCGAAGGGAUCUCUUUGGUUUUCGCAGUGAAGCAGCGUAAUCUUCAGCAACUGGAGGAUCUCUUCUGGAAAGUAUCUACACCCGGCACAAAGCAUUAUCGCCAGUUUCUCUCCCACAAUGAAAUAAAUGAUUUAAUUUCCCCCGAGCAGACGUCGAUUGACACCAUCACUACAUGGCUGUCAGAAGCUGGUUUGGACGUUGAGAACAAGUGCAAUUGGACGAAAGCGAAGGAGUUCCUUAGCUGCGUGAUGCCAUGCUACAUGGCCAAUUCGCUGCUGGACGUGACUUUCAGUGUGUUUCGUCAUGGCGAAACUAAGCAAACAACUGUACGUGCUACUCACCACUACACAUUGCCAGUGUCUGUGAUUGGUCACAUUGAUUUUGUUGGCAAUGUCCAUCGGUUUCCGCCUGUCGCUAAGAGGACUCAGAGAGUGAAGAAAAGCAACGGUCUCGUAGAGCUGCAGACUCCUUCCAGCUUGCGUGAACGCUACAAUGUGGGUAGCGCCAUUGCCGGCAAAUCCAGCAUCAACAUCCAGGCUGUUGCACAAUUCACGGGACAGUACUAUGGAAAGACAGAUCUGUCAGAAUUCUUCAAGCUGUUCGGCUCUAGCUUUGUUCAUCGCGCUGACGUCGACAAGGUCAUUGGACCGAAUAAGUUCCCAUCCGGUGGCGAAGCCAAUCUGGACGUGCAGUACAUUAUGAGUUUGGGUGCCAAUGCAACCACCUGGUUCUGGAGCACAGGUGGUGCGCAUGAGAAGCAGGAACCGUUCUUGCAGUGGAUGCUAGACAUUGCCAAUGCCACUGUCAUACCGCAAGUUAUGAGUGUCAGCUAUGGUGACCAGGAGAACUCACUGUCGGUUGACUACAUGGAUCGUACUAAUCAAGAGUUCAUGAAGCAGGGAGUGCGUGGUAUGUCCUUGCUUUUUGCCAGCGGAGAUGCUGGUGCAAACUGUCGCAACCAUGUGCUCCUGCCAUUUUUCCCAGCGUCUAGUCCAUACGUCACCACUGUUGGUGGGACUGAAGGUCUGCUUGAUAUCGGCACUGAGAGGGCCACACUUCUGAGCAGCGGAGGGUUCUCCAAUGUCUAUAGCCAGCCGCAGUAUCAGACUGCUGCUGUCUCGCAUUACCUGUCUACAAGUAAGUUCUUGCCGGCGGCCUCUUACAACCGCACUGGCCGUGCAUUCCCCGAUGUGGCAGCCAUGGCCAUGGACUUCAUGAUCGUCGAUGAGCUCAUUCCACAGCCAGUUGACGGCACUUCGUGCGCCACGCCAACAUUCGCCGGAAUCAUUGCCCUGAUCAACGAUGCACUUCUUGCCAGUGGUAAAAAGCAGCUUGGGUUUCUAAACCCUUUCCUGUACAGCCACGCCAGCGCCCUUCUUGACAUCACCGAGCAGUGCAGUGGUGGUUGUUUAAACAAGGGCUGGUGUGCUGCUGUAGGUUGGGAUGCCGUCACCGGUCUAGGCACACCAAACUAUGAGAAUCUACUCAAGGCGGCCAUGGCUCAAUAGGCUCUUUAGUCGUCUCUGUCGUCUUACCCCUGUUUUAUUUGUAUUCCUGGCCAGUUAGCUACUAGUAUGCUGACAGGCAUGUGUUCUGGGACCUCUCUUUCCAUUAGCAAUGCUCUCUUCUCUGACUUUACCUCCGUUUUGAUUUGUUUUGAUGUGCUUACCUAAAUUACUAGGUCCUGCAGCUCUCCUUAGCCACUGUUUGAACAUUGUGGUGUGAUGAAGCCAUUUUAGCUUCGGCUGAGUCGGUACCUGCCGGUACUCCACUGUGCUAACCUUUCAAUUCUGUCACACGUGUGUUGUAUUAACAAAUUCUGCUGCUUGAAUUUCAUGCUUCUGCUACUGUCAUCAGUUUCCAUGGAGAACAGUGCAGGACUCUGGAGUGAUACAUUGAACCUGCAUGACCGUUGA